CCGCCUAUACCGUUUGAUAGGGUUAGUUGAGCCAGAAAACACAAAGCUAUCCUCGGUAUGUUGAACCGUUUUGUUUAGGACAUCCAGUUCAGAAUCCCUCACAAACUUUAUAACUUUAACGAACUGUCUUAAGUUGCUCCUGCAAGUUACAGUGCUUCCUCAAAAGACACCAUUUUGAUCGUUUGAACAUUCAACACAUACCAAGGCACGAUGAAUUUGGAGGAAUACUUCAAAAGAAUUGGUCUUCAAGGCUCUUUUGAUAAACCGGAUCUCGAAACACUGAAGCUGAUCCACAAACAGCACGUCAUGUCCGUUCCUUUUGAAAACCUCAGCAUGCACUGUGGAGAGCGGCACAUCCUGGACCUGGAGUUCACGUUCAACAAGAUAGUGAGGAGCGGCCGGGGGGGCUGGUGCCUCGAGAACAACUCCCUGUUUGGAUGGGUGCUGAGAGAAAUGGGUUACGACACUACCAGGUUGUCCUCCAGAGUUUUCAACAGUAGCACAAAUGAAUUUUACCCCACCGAUAGUCAUCUCAUCCACAAAGUCGUCGUUGAUGGAAAGGCUUAUAUAGCAGAUGUGGCCUUUGGGGUUUCUUUCCAGAUUUCGGAGCCCAUGGAGCUCGUCUCUGGAAAGGAUCAGCAUCAGGCGGCGGGCGUCUUUCGCUUCUUAGACAAGGGAGACAAGUGGGUUCUGGAGAAGACGAGCAGAAAGACGAAGGUUCUCAAUCCAGACUUUGCUGAUUCUAGUCUUGUGAAGAGGCAGGAGACGAGGGCGAUAUACUGCUUUACCUUGGAGCCUCGAGAGGUUGAGCAUUUCUACGAAGCAAACAACACACUUCAGACGGAUCCUAAAUCGCUGUUCAUGAAUAAAUCCAUCGUGUCUCUGCAAACAGCGACAGGAUUCAGAGCGCUUGUGGGCUGGACCUACAGCGAGGUCACCUUCAAACCAGAGGAAGGUGUCGAUGUCUUCGACCUGAUAAACAUAGAAGAUGAGGAGAAAGAGCAAGUUCUUCUGGAGAAGUUCAAUAUAAAGCUGCAGAAGAAACUGCAGAUUGUAAGCAACAAAACCUGCUACACACUCUAAAACAGUGGUUCUCAACUGGUCAGGCCUCGGGACCCACUUUUUCCUUUCUCAAUAAAUUGCGACCCGAAAUUUUGAAACACUCAAAUCUAAUCAACAAAAAAUCGUGCUGUAAUAUAUACGCUUUUCAGCAUACAAUAUUAAUUAAACUGAAGUACAGUGCAUAUAUCCCUUAUAUCCCUUUACAGAACUAAAGUAUGCUUUUAAAAAAUGUUUAAUGAGAUAAUGGAAUCAAAGCUGAACUGUAUAACAUAGAAAGGCACACAUGCUGAAAACCCAACCGCAGAAUGGGGGGAUUGUCUAGUUUGAAUAGUUCUACCGCAAAGUUAUUCUCCGGGGACUUCCGGCGACAAUCUUGAUUCUGAUUGGCCAGAAGACUCGAAAAAACAUCAGCAAAGAUGUUUUAUUGAGAAGAUGAUCACUACGUGACAGAAGUUUUCAAAACCGUUUAUGGUCUCCGUUACUUCCAGUCCAACGCCUACUGCAUGCACAGCGUUAG